AUGGCUCAAUCGGACCGAGACCCUGCUGAAGACACCAUGUUGGAAGAGGAAGCUACAACUUUCGUGGGAGGUCUUUUGGAUGCAGACUGUACCAGUUACAGCGACGAUGCCGGAACCCCAACAGCUCCUCCAAUCCCUCGUGACAGGCCUUGGCAAGCAAACAUAUUCUACACGGCGGCGAAGUCCAUCUCGAGACGACUAGUCUCUGGGAGGGAAAGAACAUUCGACCGUCUCUUCCCAUCGUCGUUCGGGUACACGCCCAUCGAGAUGGACGACCGCAGCUUAGGACCAGCAGGGGGUCAUUCCAAUACGUUCCAAAUAAAUGAAAGGUCCACGUACGACAUGGCUGGUAGUAGUAGAGCUCCAGGCGCCGAGAUUGAGACUACGAACGCAAAGUCGGCCACCAUCAUAGAGGCAGACGAGCCUGGUCAACUAUCUGCGAGCGACAUCGUAUCUGUCGACGGCGACGAACCUACUGAGGAAGAGCUAGCGACCCUGAGAAAAGUCGCAGAUCGUUUGCCGUGGUCCGCUUUCAUCGUGGCUCUAGUCGAGUUAUGUGAACGAUUCACCUACUACGGUCUCUCCGGCCCAUUCCAAAACUACAUUCAGUAUAACCCUCACGAUACACCUGUUCGUGGAGCUAUUGGCUUGGGCCAAACCGGGGCGACAGGGUUGACAAAUUUCUUUCAGUUUUGGUGCUAUGGGACACCAAUUCUUGGUGCCAUCGUUUCCGAUCAGUACCUCGGCAAAUACAAGACAAUUCUGUACUCUGCCUUCAUCUAUCUGGCUGGCAUCUUCAUACUGUUCUGCACCUCCCUACCCUCGGCAAUCGAGCAUGGCGCAGCUUUGGGUGGCUUAAUUGCAGCAAUGGCAGUUAUUGGGUUAGGUACUGGCGGCAUUAAGUCGAACGUUAGUCCUUUGGUCGCAGAACAGUACCGCCAAACCAAGAUGACUAUUCGGGUCUUGAAGAGUGGUGAGAGGGUAAUCGUCGAUCCUGCAAUCACCAUUCAGCGUAUUUACAUGAUCUUCUAUCUGUGCGUCAACCUGGGCUGUCUGUCUCCUCUUGCCACCACAGAAAUGGAACAAUCGACAGGAUUUUGGACGGCGUAUCUUCUCUGUCUAUGCUUCUUUGUUCUUGGAAUUGCCAUUUUGAUCGCAGGGGAGAGAUACUACGUAGUCCAUCCUCCCAAGGGUUCAAUAAUUAUAGAUGCGUUCAGGGCGAUGUGGAUUGGCUUGAGAAACGGGGGCAACAUGGACGCCGCGAAGCCCUCCUACCAAGAUGAGCGCGGACGCAAGUACAAAACGUCAUGGGACGAUGUAUACAUAGUUGAGCUCCAACGUGGGCUCGCUGCAUGUCGCGUCUUCCUUUUUUACCCAAUAUACUGGGUCGCCUACUCGCAAAUGUUGAACAAUUUUAUCUCACAAGCUGGUACCAUGCAACUCCAUGGCAUUCCCAAUGACUUCAUGCAGAAUAUCGACCCUCUUACUAUCAUCUUUCUUAUUCCCAUCUUCGAUCGCCUUCUCUACCCCGGCCUUCGCAAGAUUGGUAUACCGUUCCGACCGAUCACUCGCAUUACAUGGGGCUUCGUCUUCGGUGCACUCGCCAUGGCAUACGCAGCCAUUGUGCAGCAUUUGAUCUACUCAUCCCCACCAUGCUACAACGCCCCUCUUGCGUGCGACACUUCCCACUUGCCCAAUGAGGUCCAUAUAGCGGUGCAAACGCCAGCGUACUUCUUCAUGGCCGUAUCGGAAAUCUUGGCGAGCGUCACUGGACUAGAGUACGCUUUCACGAAAGCGCCGCCAUCCAUGAAGUCGUUCGUCAUGUCCAUCUUCCUCCUGCAGUCCGCGUUCGGAUCUGCACUUGGAAUGGCACUGGCACCGAUCGCGAAGGAUCCAAGGUUGGUGUGGAUGUAUACUGGCCUUUGCAUCGCUACUCUCAUCGCCGCUCGGCUCUUCUGGGUGUGUUUCAAGCAUCUGAACGCCACCGAGGAAUCGAUGAACAUGCUGGAGAACAAGGGUGAAAAGGCCGUUGGUGUCGGCCACGUUGACGCUACAGGAGCUCUGGAUCGCAGUGUCAAGGGCAGGAAUAGGGCUGCUAUCAGUGAGGGCGAAGUUUGA